AUGGUUCGUGGAAUAGGUGAAUCUUCAUUUGAAGAUCUACUACCAUGGUUGAUGCAAACCUUGACAUCAGAAUCUAGUAGUGUCGACCGCAGUGGAGCUGCUCAAGGUCUUGCCGAAGUUGUUGGCGGUUUAGGAGUGCAAAAGUUGCAUCAAUUAAUGCCAGAUAUUAUCACAACUGCGGAGAGAACAGAUAUUGCCCCACAUGUGAAAGAUGGAUAUAUAAUGAUGUUUAUAUAUAUGCCAGGGCCUUUCCCUAAAGAUUUUACUCCUUAUAUUGGCCAAAUAAUUAAUCCUAUAUUAAAAGCAUUGGCUGAUGAGAAUGAGUAUGUUCGGGACACGGCAUUAAAAGCGGGGCAACGCAUAGUGAAUUUGUACGCCGAAUCAGCAGUGAUGCUUCUUCUUCCUGAACUAGAAAAGGGUUUAUUUGAUGAUAACUGGAGAAUACGGUUUAGUUCUGUUCAAUUAUUAGGAGAUUUGCUAUACAGAAUAUCGGGCGUAUCUGGAAAAAUGACUACAGAAACGGCAAGUGAAGAUGAUAAUUUUGGAACCGAACAGUCACAUACUGCCAUAAUAAGAUUUUUAGGCGAAGAAAGGCGAAAUAGAGUUCUUUCAGGCCUUUAUAUGGGUCGGAGUGAUGUAUCACUGAUGGUACGACAAGCGUCACUACAUGUUUGGAAAGUCGUAGUAACAAACACACCACGCACACUAAGGGAAAUCUUACCUACAUUAUUUAGUUUACUAUUAGGAUGUUUGGCAAGCACCAGCUAUGAUAAACGUCAAGUUGCUGCGCGAACGUUAGGAGAUUUGGUGAGAAAAUUGGGAGAG